AUGGACAGAAGCACAGUGACGGACUUCAGCAUCGACAGGAUCCUCUCCUCACAGCUCGGACUCAAACCGACCGGGAAAGAUCGAUCACCGGGCGGUUACCUCCAGGAGAUCCCGGGGGGACGCAGCCUGGACUAUGCUGGAAACUUUACGGCACCUGUACCGGUCCCGGUUCCAGUGCCAGUCCCGGGCUGCCUCCAUUACCGAGGGAUGGGCUUUGGAGAGGCGUUGUACCCGUACGGAGGCGGAUAUCAACACACAGAGUAUACCGGAUUUUACCCAAACCCGGGAGUUUACCUGCACUUCAACCCUCAGCACCCAACAGGUACUUCACAUUUUACUCUUUUACUUAAGUGUGUAUGAAAGAAUUUUUUAAAGAAACGAAACGAUCGUUUUUCUGACAUUACCAGGUAAUAAAUGAGAUAACUUUUUGUAGCCUAAAUAUUUUUUCCUGCAAAUAUUUAACCUAGUGUAAUUAUCCGUUAUUUCAGAAAAAAAACUAAUAUAGUUUGGUUUUCUAAUUUUGAUUUCUUUCAAUUCCUAGAUUAUAUCCAAUGCUUUGGAAAACUACAGGCCUUAUUUUUUCGCUCAUUUAGAAAAAAAUAGCGCAAUUAACUUUUUUUUCUGUGGGUUACUAUAACUGAAUUCCUAAAUUGAAAUCCUAAAAUACUUUACAAAUCUCAAUCCACCCUGAACUGAUGAUAAAAUAUGAAUUUGAAAGUGUUUGUAAGAUAUUGUUUAAGUGUAUUUUCGUUAAAAUGUGGCUUUUAAUUCUUUCUACCUAGACGCUCACCCGUUAUCAGGUUACCAUGACUACCACCAGGCCGCUGUGUCCGCGCAGCCGCAGUCACGCCAGAAGUCCCGGAUGAGGACGGUGUUCACGGAUAGUCAGGCCAAACAGCUCGAGACGCUGUUCGAGCUCACAGACUAUCCGACGGUGGAGGCGCGUGCACAGGUGGCGAGACUCACCGGGUUGAGCGAGGAGACCGUCAGGGUGAGUUCAAAGUCUGACUCUCAGACUGUCUAAAAAGACAACCAUCAGUGCUGUCAAAGUUUCUCUGGAGGGAAAGAUGCUGUUUAUGUCUGAUUCUUUUUCUGCUGAUAGGAGGAGUGGUCAUAUACUAAACUCCCCUUUUCUGUCUGGUUCCAGGUUUGGUUCAAGAACCGUCGAGCCCGCAGGAAGAGGCAGCGCAGCGGGUCAAAGGUCAAAUCCCCCUCCCCACCCCCCUCCCCAGGAGCAGAGAGGAAGAUCUUCAGCUCCUUUCUCUGAACCUGGAAGACCAUCCACCUGCUGCUCAGAGGAAUUACUCGUCCUGUGCUGCUACUCUCCACCUCUGUGCUACCGCUCUCCACCUCAGAGGUCAGAGGUCAGCAUCCUGCUCACGCUUCACACUUCAGCAGAGAGGCAAACAUCUGCUCACUGCAGCUGCUCUGACGAUGCAUUCGGAGGCUGCUGGGAAAGUCAAGUAUCAGAGGACAUGACAUGUUUGCUGUUGUCAAACCUUUGUAAAUGACGUUUUUUUUUAAAUUAUUUUUUAAAAGUAGGUCUAAUUUAUUAAAACAGUAUUUAAGAGACACUGUUUUGGAAACACUGGUAUCUUUUGUUAUCUUGAUUGGUGUCACUGAGAAAUAAACGUCAUGAUAUGAAACCUGUC